AAUGAACAUAGUGCUCUUCCCUCUCAUUGACAGCGGCCAUCAAGAGCUCACGCCAGGUUUGAAUGAUUUAACGCGACAAAUGACUAUAAGGAUGAGGUAUAAGUGAAUGGUCGAACAAUGGCCACCCUGAAUCAAAGAGACAUUAACCUCGUCACCAUCUCAAGAACUCCAGCGAUUACCAUGCGACGCUCCAACAACUUCACGCGCUUGCUCUUGUGUGUGAUGUUCUUUCCGUUUUGCUCAAGCCAAGACAACAUAACAGAAGGCACGAUGAUCGAGGACCCGCAAACUCUCGUGUCUGCCGGCAAGGAGUUUGAGCUCGGCUUCUUCUCUCCAAAUAGGAGCUCCGACUCCAGGAGGUAUGUGGGAAUAUGGUAUUACGGGUCAGACCCUCCGAUUGUUGUUUGGGUGGCCAACCGGGACGACCCGCUCAUCGGCCUCAAUGCAUCAUUCGGCGUCAUGGACGGUGACCUGCAGUUGCGCCACAAAGGACCAGCGAUCCGGUUGAUCAAUGUCAGGGGUUCCAGCUCUUCAACUCUGGUUGUGAAGCUUCUUGAUACAGGGAAUCUAGUGCUGUUGGAAGACGACAGGAGCGAGACGGUCCUGUGGCAGAGCUUCAAGCACCCGACCGACACCUUCCUACCUGGGAUGCUGAUGAUCAACGACUUCAAGUUGACUUCUUGGGCAAGCCAGGAAGACCCGAAAAAGGGGAUGUUCACGUUUCAGAGGGAUCAAGAAAGUGGCAGUAGCGAGUACAAAGUAGUCCAAGACUUGUCUCCUUACUGGAGAAGUGGGGUGUAUGGCGACUUCAUACGAGCCGAUGAGAAUAUAGAUGAGAUCUUUCUUUUGCUAGCCAAUAUUUCUCUGGGUCGGUUGGUCAUGAACCUCACCGGCCAGAUUCAGUACUUCAGUUUGAAAAAUGGGACGGAGCCAGUCUGGUCCGAGCCAAAGGACAAGUGCAGCGUGCUCAAUGCGUGUGGCAAGUUUGGGAGCUGCAACAUUAUGAAUGGUAACGAAACCAUGUGCAGGUGCUUGCCAGGUUUCAAGCCGGCACAAUUGGAUAAUAGAACCCCAGUGUACUCCAGCGGGUGCCUCAGGAAGUCGUCAAAAUGCUGCGGGAAGAACAGCAACGGUGUUGAUCAUUUCUUGAGUCUGAAAAUGAUGAAGGUCAGGAAGCCGGACAUGCAGAUCCGGACCGAAAACGAGGAGAAAUGCAGGCAAAAGUGCCUCCAUGACUUCAGAUGCCAGGCUUACUCGUUCAUGGAGGGUCAGAGCCGAGCGAAAGAUACAUGCUACACUUGGUCAGACUAUCUCGACAAUAUUCAGGAGUUUGCCCGAGAUGGUCGCGACCUCUAUGUACGAGUGCCGCUUUCAGACAUAGAAUCUACUAGCAGGAGCUUUGGAACUUGUGGCACUAAUUUAGUCCCCUACCCUUUAAGCACGGGACAAAGCUGUGGCGAUCCACUAUACUCUGCAUUUAACUGUAACAACAUAACUGCCCAGCUUUACUUUGAACUACCCAUGGAUAGCUACAGAAUCACUAGUGUCGAUCCAGAAGCCCAAACAUUUACCAUCCAAGUCAACGAUGGAUUAAAAUGCAUGAGGGAGGAUCUAAAGAAAAUCAGUCAGCAGCUUGACCAGUCCGGGCCAUUUGCUGUGAGUGGCGGGUGUAUUGGAGGACAGACUAACUUUAGCGCAGAUGCCUCCCUUCGAAGUGUCAGGUCGAGCGGAGUGAAAAUUGUGUGGAGUGAUCCAAAGGAGCCACUCUGCAAUUCAUCCAAAGACUGCGAUUGGCCACAAUCAACUUGCAAGAGCGCAUCAGAUGGAAUUACAAAUACUUACACUUUCUUUUCCUAUAACGUUGAAGGAGGAGGAUCAUCGCAGAAAAGACAGAAAGCGAAACCUGUAUAUAUAGCUGCUCCUGCGGUUGCUGCAAUUUUCAUCCUUGUAUUUGGUGGCUUAUUUUACAUGAGAAGGCAGCAUGGGAGCAGGGAAAGCACUCUAGAAAUUCUUGACUUUCGUUUAUACGAGAGCGAGAAACGGAUCAAAAUGUGGAUGGAUUCAUGCCAGUUCGAGGAGGAAGAUAAGAAAGGCAUAGAAGUGCCAUUCUUUGACUUAGAGAUUAUUUUAGAAGCGACAAAUCACUUCUCAGACGAGAACAAACUUGGAAAAGGCGGGUUUGGGCCUGUUUACAAGGCUACUUUUCCAAGAGGACAGGAAAUUGCAGUAAAGAGACUAUUGAGUGGAUCGGGACAGGGCUUGGAGGAAUUUAAGAAUGAAGUCGUCUUGAUUGCCAAAUUGCAGCAUCGAAAUCUCGUCAGAUUAGUAGGAUAUUGCGUCGAAGGAGAUGAAAAAAUGUUACUAUAUGAAUACAUGCCCAACAAAAGCUUAGAUUCUUUCAUAUUUGAUCGAACAAGGUGUUCCUUGCUGACUUGGGAGAUACGCUUUGAGAUUAUCAUGGGAAUUGCACGAGGAAUGCUCUAUCUCCACCAAGAUUCAAGGCUGCGAAUCAUUCAUAGAGAUCUCAAGACGAGUAACGUUUUGCUUGAUGAGGAGAUGACUCCGAAAAUUUCUGACUUUGGUCUGGCACGUAUAUUUGAGGCAAAACAAACUGAAGCAAGCACAAAAAGGGUGAUUGGAACAUAUGGAUACAUGUCUCCGGAGUAUGCUUUAGAUGGAUUUUUUUCUUUCAAAUCCGAUGUUUUCAGCUUUGGAGUUGUGGAGAUUGUUAGCGGAAGACGUAACACAUGCUUUUAUCACUCUGAAGGAACACUGAGCCUUCUCACUCAUGCAUGGAAAUUAUGGAAUGACAAUAAAGCACUGGACUUGAUGGAUCAAGUGUUGCACGAAACUUGCAACAGAGAUCAAGUCUUGAAAUGCAUAAACGUCGCGCUUUUAUGCGUGCAAGAUAACCCCAGUGAUCGUCCCACGAUGUCAAAUGCAGUUCUCAUGCUCAGUAGUGAAACUACGACUCUUCCAACUCCGAAACCGGCUUUUGCAUUUAGGAUAGGCAUCUCUACAACAGCUUCUACUUCCAGCAAAUCAGAGUCAAAUGCGGUGUUAUCGACUACUCUGGAACAAGGACGGUAAACUUGGAUCUUCGUGGAAUUCAUUCCACAUCUCAACUGUACCAGGCAUUUGUUUAACUAGGAAUGCCUCAAUUUUUGCCCCAUGAUAGUCCUUUCUCCAACAAAAUACACUUCUCUCUAUGUUGAUUGCCGGUGCUUCUCCUCGGCCUAAAGACUGCGAUACUAACAUCACAAAUCGGCUUCUUCAUCCCAGGAGUAGCUUCUUUUCUUGUCAUUUCUUGUACUGUUCAUUCUUAAGAAUAAGUUUCUUGUGCUAAAAUUGAGUUGUGAAAUCAAUUCCCUUUUGGGUUAUAGUCA